CCGCCACCGUCAUGGCGGAUGUGCUGAGCGUCGGCGUGAACCUGGAGGCCUUCGGCCAGGCCAUCGGGGCCAUCCAGGCGCUCCGCUCCAGCGUCAGCCGCGUGUUCGACUGCCUGAAGGACGGCAUGCGGAAUAAGGAGACCCUGGAGGGCCGGGAGAAGGCCUUCAUCGCCCACUUCCAGGACCACCUGCACUCCGUCAACAGGGAUCUGAACGAGCUGGAGCGACUCAGUAACUUGGUAGGCAAACCAUCUGAGAACCAUCCGCUCCAUAACAGCGGAUUGUUAAGCCUGGAUCCUGUACAGGACAAAACUCCUCUCUACAGCCAACUGCUCCAAGCGUAUAAGUGGUCGAACAAGUUGCAGUACCAUGCAGGUCUAGCAUCCGGCCUUUUGAAUCAACAGUCCCUGAAACGGUCUGCUAACCAGAUGGGAGUGUCUGCGAAACGAAGACCAAAAGCCCAGCCCACUACUCUCGUCCUCCCACCUCAAUACGUGGAUGAUGUGAUCAGCCGCAUCGACAGGAUGUUCCCUGAAAUGUCAAUCCAGUUAUCCAGACCAAAUGGAACAUCUGCAAUGCUCCUGGUUACCCUAGGAAAAGUGUUGAAAGUGAUCGUUGUGAUGAGAAGUCUCUUCAUUGACCGAACGAUAGUGAAAGGAUAUCAUGAAAACGUAUACACGGAAGAUGGCAAGCUUGAUAUAUGGUCCAAAUCCAACUAUCAAGUCUUUCAAAAGGUGACGGAUCAUGCAACCACUGCCCUCCUCCACUAUCAACUGCCCCAGAUGCCAGAUGUCGUGGUCAGAUCCUUCAUGACCUGGUUAAGAAGUUAUAUAAAGCUGUUCCAGGCUCCAUGCCAGCGCUGCGGAAAGUUUUUGCAAGAUGGCCUUCCACCCACAUGGAGGGAUUUCCGAACACUUGAGGCCUUCCAUGACACCUGCAGACAGUAGGCCAACUUGGCCACACUCCUGUCCUCCUAGGAUGACAACCAGAUUGGCUCUUUGGGGAAAGCAGGGUAUAUCUUCUCAGACAGGCCCUAAAGCAAUAUUGAUGGUUCAGUAGUUGAUUCACUUUUUGAACAUCAAUAUAUUCAUUCCCUUCCCUUAGAAAGGCAGUUCGUAGCUGGAAAGUAAGACUGAGCCGAUAUGCUCAGAGAACAGUAUAUGUCUCAGUAGUUGAUGAGGACUAAUUUUAUACUUCGGCUGGUGCACAUAAGAAAAAGAGAACUUUUUUAUAAUGAGAAAAGUUAUACAGGAUAAACUUCUCUUUUUGUGUGAGGGUGACUGGUGCAUUUUCUCCUUUGGGAUCAGUCUUCCGAAUCGUUUUCAUAAGCCAUAGUCAUUUUUUAAAAAAAUUUUGUAUUUACCAGAUAUGCCAAAUCUAUGCUGUUGGAUGACUUAUUUAUAAGCGGUAAAUAAACUCUGUGUCCCAAA